GAGCAGCUGUUCGCUGGUGGCCGUGCGCUUCCUUCGAGGGGAGGAAGGAGAUCGUGAGAUGAGCGUGCGGGCCGGGCGGGAGCGCGGGCGCCAUGGCAUCGCUGUUCCCGGCUAAAGGCGUGGGGAGAGCGGACAGAGGCGACGACUGCAGCUCCGGAGAAGAGGAGAGGGCGGCCGCGGCCGUGAUGGUCGUGGGCGGCCUGGGGGAGUCUCCAGGCCCUGGUUCCGACUCGGAGAGCCGCUCGUCCUCCCCGCUGAACCUGACGGAGCAGUUCGAGAGGGCGGCGCAGCGCGUCCCGACGCUGGUGGCUGCGGCCAGCAAGGAGCAGCUCCUCUACUUGUACGCGCGCUAUAAGCAGGUCAAAUGUGGUAGCUGCAAUGUUCCCAAACCUGGAUUUUUUGAUUUUGAAGGAAAGCAGAAAUG